UCUCCCUCCACCACUCUUGUCUUCUGUAACUCUCUCACUCCUCCCCUCUCUCUCUCACUAAAACAUUUGUCUCCACCCCCAACUCCAAACCCACAACUUUUGCAGUCAGUAUUUUCCAAAAAUAUAAAAUAAAAAAUUCAAUUCUUCGUUCCACAAAUUUUCCCAACCAGAUUUCGUCGGCCCCCUUUCUCCAAACCCCUUUUCGAUUUUCCCAAAUGCAAAAAAAAUGAAGUUCAAAUUUCAUCACAACACACUGAUCAUCAUCAUCAUCGCCGUUAUUACAGCCCUAUUUCUAACAAUCCUCAUCGUCUCAACCUAUUGUUGUCUGAGAAGAAGGAGAAGAAAGGGGGGAGAAGAAUCGGGUCGGAAAGAUCUAGAACGUUCGAGAGAUUCCAAAAUCGGUGAAGGGUUAGAGAAGAAUCGUUCUUCAGGGGAAUAUUUCAUGAGGUUUGAGGGAGGUGAGAAUCUCAGCGUGGAGGAAAUCUUGGAUGCUCCUGGCGAGGUUAUCGGGAAAUCCUCGUACGGAACCUUGUACAGAGCGUAUUUAUUGCAUUCGAACUGGUUUGCAUUGCUGAGGUUCUUGAGGCCGACUUGCAGUGUGAGUGGGGAAGACGAUGUUCUAAGAGAGGUCGAGGUUUUGGGGGGUGUUAGGCACCCCAAUUUGGUGCCUUUGUGUGCUUUUUAUGGGGGGGCGAGGGGGGAGAAGCUCAUGGUUCAUCCCUUUUAUAGGGGUGGGAAUUUGGCUGAUUUCAUACGAGAUGGGAAUGUCGAUGCACACAAAUGGCCGGUAAUCCGAGCGAUCGCACUCGGAAUAGCUCGAGGAAUUUACCAUCUCCACACGGCAUUCGAGAAUCCCGUCAUCCACGGGAACCUCAAGUCGAAAAACGUGUUCUUGGACGCUAACCACAACCCGUACGUCUCGGAUUUCGGAUUACAUCUUCUCCUGACUCCGUCGGCGGGGCAAGAAAUGCUCGACGCAUCAAUGUCGAACGGAUACAAACCGCCGGAGCUGAUCAAAAUGAAGGAUGCGAGCGAGGAGAGCGACGUCUAUAGCUUCGGCGUGAUCCUUCUCGAACUUCUGACGGGGAAAGAACCGAUCGACAAGAACCCGCCUCGGGGCCACGAAUCUCAUCUUCUCGAUGAGGCGAGCACCGCGAUUCUCGACGAUCGCGUCGACCCCCUGUUCCAUCCCGGAAUUUUUUCGGGACUAACCGACGACGAGCGAGCGGUCGUUCGGGAUCGCGUCUUUAAAUUUUUCCAGCUGGCAAUGGCUUGUUGCGCCGCGACUCGUCUCCUACGGCCUCAUAUGAAGCAAGUCGUCGACCGGCUCGAAGAGAUCGGGGCGUGAGUAAAAAAAUCCCUCAAAAAAAAAAACGAGAAAAAUUCGCGAUGCGAAUGUAAAGCUUCGUGUUUUUUUUUUCGAUCAAUGUGGUUGAAAGUGACUCGGGGGUUGACUUUUAUAGCGCGUGGACUUAGCCAAGGUCAACUCCAUCGAAAAAAUGUAGAUCGAUUGCGAUUGAGUAGUUCUCUUUGAGAAAUUUUCAACCAUCCUGGAAAAAAGGGAGGUUUUAGAUCUUUCGAGAAAUUGAUGUGUUGUCGAGCGACCCCAUUAGUUGGGGGGGGCUCUCGACUUGCCUUCUGGGAGGCCCCCAUUAGUUGGGGGGGUCUCGAUUUGCCUUCCGGGAGGCCCCCAAUUGUUGGGGGGGUCUCGACUUGCCCCCCGGGAGGCCUGGGGGUCAUCAAGGAGCGUACCGGGGCUAUCGACUUGGCGCCGGCCGGCCGGAGACAUCUUGUAUGGUGAGAGUUUUAAGGUUAUUACUACCUAAGUGGUGAUUAUAUUGAUCGGAGAAAAUUGUAAGAAUUGCAUAGUCGCAUUGGUAAGUGAAAAAUUGUAAGAAUUGACGGAGAUAUGAAAUUCAUGCAUUUUAUUAUGUAACUUUUGAGUUAUUGAAUGCUGAUUUUGGACC